UAUGUCAUAAAGCCAAGAAUAGAUGGUUCGAUCUAAAGCAUAAACUUUAAUGAUCAGCUUAAACAUUGCCUUGGGAUCAUUGAAUAUUGGGUAUGUUGUUACAUACUUAACAUUAUCAAUUGAUACAUUAUUUGCAGUGCUGUAAGAACUCUUUCUAUAUAAUUAGGGGUAUAAGUGAAGAAGAAAAAACAGAAAGACUAAGUUUACUUGCUGGAAUACUUCCAUUAGGUAAUGUUGCUGGAGUGUUUGUUGGAUACUUAUUAAAAUAAAAAUUUACAAAUAAAUAAUGUCUUCACAUUGCAGAUCUAAUAGGAAUAACAAGUGCGCUAGCAGUUAUAGCUGACUAUCAUCUAAUUGUAGUGAUUAGAUUUUUUCUCGGAGUUUCCAAUGGAAUAUCUAGUUAUUUGAUGCCCGUUUACAUAAAAUCAAUUUGUCCAACAUAAUAUUUCGGUUAGUUUAGUAUGUUCGUUGGAUAUGGGAUAAAUACUGGAUAUGCAAUUGGAUAGUUAAUGGGAAUCGGAUAUAUAGAGUAUUUAACUGAAAUAUAUUUUUUUAGUUAUUCAGGACCUACAUCUAAUUGGUGGAGAGUAGUGUUUUUAUUCCCAACAUUAAUAUGUAUUAUUCGCUCAUGCAUUAUGCAAUUUGUAUAUAAUUAUGACAGUCCUGAAUAAUUAAUAUAGAGAGGAAAUAUAGAACGAGCAAAAUAUGUAUUAAAAAUUAAUAAAUUAGGUCAUAUGUUCAAUUUAUAAAGAUUAAUAUGUUGAUGAAUAAUUUGAAAGGUACAAUAAAAUGGCCACUGAAUAAUAAAAAUAAAAUAAUAAGUCAUUUUGGAGUGUGUUAGAAAGAAAGAAAUUAAUUACUUUAUAGACAGGAAUAGUAUCGGUAAUUGAAUAAAUUAAACCAUUAGAUGUUAGUAUAAAUAUGGUGUGGAGUUUUUGCAGUAUUUUAUUAUAGUGCUUAAAUAUUUGCUGAUAUGGCUGAUGAUGAUGUUGUUUAGAAAACUGUAUAUACUUUCUGUUUAGGAUUAUCAGGAUUUUUUGCUCAGUUUUUUACAAUAUAUAUGGUCAAUAAAUUGGGAAAUAAAUUUAUAUUAUGUAUUUAAUUGUAAUAUUUUAAUAGUGAUUGGAUCUUUUGUUAUUGGAUCACUUAAUUUAGCAGUUGCUAUUAUAUCUAGAGAUGUAACACCAGAAAAUGAAUUUGCUAUAUUUAUUCUAUUAUUACUUUUGGUGAUGACAUUUGGAUCAACUUUAGGUCCAGCUGCUUGGGUAUGAAUAUUCAAUUAAUAUAUUUUUAGAGUAUUGUACCAUAACUUAAUGAUAGUGAUGGAACAUUCAUUGCAACAGAAUUUAGAUGGGCAUUUUAAGCUAUUGUGGUUUUCUGUUUUCCUUUUAUGGAAAAGAAUCUUAAAAUAUUUGGUGCCUUUUUGUUCUUUGCUAUAAUAGAUUAUUUAUAUUUUAUCUAUUGUCACUUCUUUUUGAUUGAUGGAAGAGGGAAAACUAAUGAUUAAUUAAUAGCAGCUUAUCAUAAUAAAUUUGGUUAUUCAGUAGUCCCUGUAACAAAUCAAUAGCAAUCUAAUAUAUAGACUGAUCUAUAAUAACCUUAAGACUAAUAAUUAAUAACUCAAUAAUAAGGAAACUCAAAAAAUGAAAAUGAAAAGUGAUU